AUGUCUGAAAUGGUUUUGUGUGUGAAACGCGACCUCCCAUGGAACGAGAGACCCGGCAUGAGCUUCCCCCCUCCUUCCCCCGCGGAAAUCGGAACUCGGUGCUGCCGCCGCCCGGACGACACUCCCUUGAGCCUUCCAGAGAACCUCGCAGUCGAUGAACGACUUGAGACCCUUGCCCACGCCCAGCGAGUUCGGCAAGGUCAAAAAUUCGGUGAGUGGUCCCUCUAGGGAUGUAAGAAUGAAAGCUGUGAGCUCGAAAAUUUGCAAUUGUGUAGUGAAACAGAAAAAUACGGUCAACUAUAGCCUGUGUACCACGACUUGGAGUUUCACCAAACGACAUUCCGCUGUGCCGCUGCGCGCCUUUGCGAACCUCGGUCGCGCUUUUAAUUUCUUUUUUUCUUUUAUUGAGGUACUCUACUUUCAUGUGCUCCCACAGCAAUAACAAUCAAUUGAAAACGUGACCUAGAUUCGAAAGACGCUUCGCGAACGCACGCAGCGGAACAGCGGAAUGUCGUUCCGUGAAACUUCAAGCUGUGGCUCACAGACUAUACAAUUUUUUUUUCAAAAACCGGUUUCAUUGCUCAUUCAAAUUCCUUCCAAAAUUGAUCUAUCCCGAUUUUUGACUCAUUUCAGACCCCACAAGCCUCGCCGAUUCCAUCCGACGGAUGGCUCAUCCGGAUGAGGGCCAACAAAUAUCUCAACGAAGCCGCCAAAAGCAACGAUCUUCGCAAGUUCAAAUCCGUCGAUGAACUCGCAAAAAUGGUGGGUAACCAGGAGAUUUUGACCUAUUUUUGUACUGGAUCCCGAUCUUUUCAUCCUCUUUUUCCUACUGCGCGACAUUUUUUAAAUAAUUAAUCUGAAUAGCAAAAGUUUUCUUAUUUAUAUUUUGUUUUUUAAUGCGGUCUGGGUUCUGAAAGUUCAUAUUUUUUUCUGUCUCUAGAUUUUUCAUUCAUUCAAUUUUUUACUCGACACAACUGAAUCACAGUAAAUUUUUUGGCUCAGUUAUAAUAAAUCUAGAAUCUGAAACGUUAAUUUGGUAUUUUUUUAGAAUAAUUUAAGAUUCUAGAAGAAAAAAACCAUUUUAUUUUUUUGAGGACGACUUUUGAUAAUGCUCCAUUUUAUUUAAAGCGCCAAAGUGGUCUCUAUAGAGGUUAGGAAAAAAAGGCUUUUAUAGGGGACGAAAAAGCGCUCCCUGGAGUGGUGAAAUUUGAGUGUUCCUUUAAGGGGUUUAGGGUCUCGUCCAUGGAGCUUUACUGGUUCCUAUAGGGGUCAAUUUAUGUUAUCAUUUGAGAAUCAAAAGGAGAUAUUCAAUGAUUGAUUGAUAAAACAAUAAACGACGCAUGCAACCCUACAGGGACCACUUUAGCAAGCUUUUGUGACCCUAUAGGGUGAGGUUAAGUGGCCCCUAGAUAGGAACCUUCAAAGCUCUCUAAGGUUGGCCCUAUAGGGGCCACUCUGGCGUUCGAAAAACAGUCGAUUCCGAAACGUUUGCACUAACGUGUUGCGUGAGGCCCCGAGAAGCAUGAAAUACAGGGAAAUAGAGCAAGAAAAGCCAAGAGACAGGGCUCUACGGAGGUGCACUCGACCGGCGACUCGAGGGUCCGGUUAUCCGGCCCCGAGGCUUUUCCUCUUCGAUUCGUUCCCUUUUCCUUGUCUCUUCGUGUUUUUCUUGUCCGUUCCAUGAUCGAGUUGGUUUUUUUGCCUACUUUCCUUUUUGUAUUCUGAAGAACUUAUUGUCUUAUUUUGGUUUUUUGACAUUUUUGCACCUCAGAUAAGGUUUCUUGCUUUAUCUUUAUUCUGAAUCCAAAAGAAGGAUUUUUUAGUGAAAUACUCUAAUCUUUUUUUUACUCAAGAAGAAAAUCGGUGCCCCCGUUCCAUUUAAAUAAUUUUUAGUUUAGCAUUUUUUUCACUUUUUCUUGUUACGAGCGGUGAUAAAACUUAGUUUUUUUGACGCACUUUUUUUCUGUUUUUCAGAAAAAAAUUUUUGCAUUAGUUCAUUCCCCCGUUGGCAUUCCCAUUGAUAUCCGCUGAAAAAAAGAAGAGUGAUGUGUGAUUAUUUCAAGAAAAAAAUUUGGUCAAUUUUAUAAUUUAAAAAAAUAAUGAGUUUUUUUCUCGAUUCAUGGAACGAUCUACCUUCUAACAUUUUGAAAAAAAUUGUUAUUUUUUUUAUUUUUUUUCAAUGUAUACAUUUCUAUCGAAAAGUUUCAAAAUUUCACUAUCCAUCUGCCGUUUUUCGUGAGCCCAGUCGCAAGUGGAACGGAUGAACGCGUCGCGGUCGCGAAGCGUUUUUUUCAAAAUUGCCUAAAAAUGCAAAGUUAAAUAAAAAUCAUAGGUUCAAAGCAGUAGAGUGUCAAGUUGAGAAACACAACUUUAUAUAAGUUUUUUGGUUGAUUUGCCGAGGCUCAGGAGCUUAUGACCGCAUGUGGAAUGGAUCAAAGCGUCGCGGCCGCGAAGCGGUUUUUUCAGGCUCGCUGAAAAUUGCCAGAGUAGAAUAAACUCGUUGUUAUAGUCGAUUUUUCCCGACUUGAAAGGCAAGGAAGGCGGGGCAGGGGGCGGGACGCGUAGUGUGUGCGUACGCGGUUCUUGGCACGCGUUCAAUUGAAGGCCCACCGACUAUUUGGAAAGCUCUAUCAACGCUCUUUUUAAAUUAUUUAUUGAUAAUGUUCAAGUGUGCAUCAAAUAAUAUUAGAAAAUACAGAAAAAGAGCGGUCAAGAACCGCGUACGCACACGCUACGCGUCCCGCCCCCUGCCCCGCCUCCCUCGCCUUUCAAGUCGGGAUGGAUUGACUAUAAGUAAACUGUAAUUCUGAGUCAAAACAGUAUACUAAAAGAAAAAGCAAAGCUGAAACUUUUGCGAAUAACUGCGACGCUGCGCCACCCACACACACGUUGUUUGGUGCGUGGUUUCUCUUUUUUGUGUUCAGAGGAAGAAAAAGAAGCUGCGCGGAGACUAUCCUUUCUUUUUUCUUCCUCCCCCCGAUGCCAAGGGUUCCUUGCGUUCCGUAGUAUUUCCCGGGGCGUAGUGUUUGAACUGCUCGACCUCUUCCGGGCCACGGUCUUUCCCCCUUGUCUCCGUGGUUUCCUACCGUCUUAAUCCCUCGUCCUCUCGAUCUAUCCUCCCCGCCCGGCGCCGCAAACCACUUGUAACUCAUUUCUCCUCAUCUUAAUUACUUCUUUAUAGCCUUUUUGUCGGGCUUUCUCUGAUUUUUUUUCCAUGAAGAUUCGGAUUUUUUCAGGAACAGGAACGGAACCGAGAUCCUGUCGACGAGUUGCACUGGCAGCUUCGCAAGGAGUUCCAUCUCACUUCCUAUUCGGUUAGUUUUGAAAUUCCUUUGGGAUUUCAUGAUCCAGCAGUGA